AUGAAGCUGCACUGGGCGGCCUGCCCGGGCGAGCUGACGGAGAAGAAGCUUGUGCAGAACGUGUACCCGGAUCCACAAUCUGAUAUCGCGAGUGGGAGGAUCCCAGCCGCGUGGGAGGACCCCAACUACCAGCUCACCAACCUGCGCGAGACGAUCGAGAAGCUCGAGGCGAAGGGCGCAAAGGAGUUCAAGAUGUGCGGCUACAUCCAGCUGCAGGAUGACGCGUGCAUGGAGGACAUCGAAAACCCCACGAAGCGCUGGUUCACCGAGUCGAUCAACGUGUUCGAGCUGAGCUUCCCGCUCCAGGCCGUGCCCGACUACAACACCUUUUGCGAUAAUACCGUCUUCCAGCCGUACCGCACCAUCGCGGAGCACAUGCCGCUCGGCUACGUCAAUCGCGUCCGCCAGGCGGUCUACCAGUACGCGAAUCAGUUCCGCCUCAUCCUCAACAACGGGGUGACCCAGACCGAGCACGGCGACUCCAUCGGCCAGGCCACAUGUCCAAUGGGCUACUCUCACAUCCCCAAGGGGGGGCGACCCAAGUACCAGGGCCAGCCCAUCCUCAGCGCGUCGCAGAAGUUUGAGGUGGAUGCUGGCGGCGGGCCGGCGAUGCCUGACGCAGACAUCGGCUGGUACCAGCUGGCCGGAGACUCGUCCAGCGGCAGCUGCCGCACUGACAGCGAGUGCAAGCUGGCCUUCGGCGAGGGCUCGUACUGUAAGACGGACCUUGGCUGCAUGGCGGAGAACAAGUGCGUGUGCAAACUACCCGCGCCCAGCGCGUAG